AUGGCGCUCCAACCAAAUCCGUUCGGGAAAGAAUACUUAUGUCAAAAGUCGACAGCCCUACAGGUCAAACAGAAAUACUGGUCCUGCGUCAAGAACACAGGCCGCGGAUUCUGCAUUACUUUUCCCUAUGAUGAUUCGCCAUCCUUUACUAUUGGCACAAAGAAGAUGGGAAAGCAUCGCACCUUUCAAGACGAAUACGGUCGGAUACUCUGUUGCUUGGAGCGCAACUUCCUUUCAAAGGAACACGCCUGGAUCCUCACACGCGGCAGUGAACGGUUGCUGACAGUCCACUACCGUUGCCUCCCUUGGAAGAUGACCAUCAAAAUGGAGGGCUCAGCUGAUCAAGAAAUGUCGAAGGUCCUUGAAGUCAAGUGUUUGGAUACCUGGUGCAGUGGCUUCGUCGUUAAGCUGGGUGACUGGACAAUCAUGAGACUGCAUUGCAUCAAUAUGAUGAACAAUAUGCUUAGCUCUUUCAAGGUCACACCGCCUGUUUGGGACGUGGAUGUCGUGGAAGGCACCGACCUUCUUCUGGCAUCUGUCCUCUCAGUUAUCAUCUCUGAUGCUUAUUCCGAAAUGCAUCUCUACAUGCUGUGA